CCACGUGACUUCGGAGAAACAGAAGAGGAAACCUGCACAGCUCCUCCGCAUGUUUUAGGGAGUUCAUGUAAGUCAAGAUGGCCAGCAGCUCCGAGAAGUGUUACGACCCGCAGGACCGCACUCUGACAUUUGUAGACGGAGAAGAUGAGUUAGACUUUUUGUGUAUGGACUACAAGUCCCGCAGAGCGAAGAUGUCCUGCGGUCACGCUGUUACUCCGAUGUCUCUCACCGAUCAUUGUCGCAGGCUGCUGGAUGACGAGAAACAGCACAGGUUUGUGUGUGGUAAGUGUGACGUUGAGUGGUCCUUCGAGGAAGUUCGUAAAAUGGCACUUCUGACUCCUGAAGAAGUGAAAGAAUUUGAAGACAAAAGGUUCCGGAAUGCUGCCAAACAGCACUUGGGUAUCAGAGAAUGUCCUGGCUGCAAGUCUCGCGUGAUGAGAACUGACCUCAGUGAUCUCAGUGUCAGAUGCACGGUGUGCACAGCUAAAAGAAAAAGCCUUUACAAGUUCUGCUGGCAGUGUCUGAGGGAAUGGAAAGGUCCGGUUCUACGCACAGACCACUGUGACAACGACGGCUGCCAGAGCUCAUUGGAAACAUUAAAGACCUGUGUAAAUGUCGUCUUCGAGAAGGUGAAGGGGGUCACAGGAUGUCCCUCCAUCCGAGCCUGUCCCACCUGUGGCAUGCUGGUGAGACAUGAUGGAACCAGAUGUAAAAACGUUGUUUGUCCUCGGUGUAAAGUGUCGUUUUGUUUUGUGUGUCUGAAGACCACUACAGAGUGCCAGAAGAUACAACCAUACUCCUAUUUCGAUGUUUGCCCCUCUGGUGUAGCACCAAGACAGACCUCCAUACCUGUGUGGCAGAGCAGAUAAUUGUGUUGAUUCAAUACUGUGAUCUCAAGACACACGAACACACCUUUUCAUGUUGUUAUAAUGCCAAUCAUCAUUGUUGUUAUUACUCAAGCAGCCCAAAAGCAGCUUUUUUGGGUCUUUAUUGACACAAUAUCACACAAAAUGAGAUUUAUUUCCCUUUUUCCACAAUAGAAAAAUUGACCUGCUUUUAUUAAGAAUCAUCUUCAGCUCCUUUAAUGUUAUCUCACUGUGACGGUGUGUAUUCCUCCUGACAAAACAAAAUGUAUUUUCCUGUCGAAUAACAAUAAAUACACACUCACUGUU